UUUCAACACAAACUGUAUGAAUAUCUAAUAGCAUGAGCAUCUUGUGAAGACAAGUCGGAUGAGUAUAGAAGAUAAUCAGCAAGUUUCAUCGGAUUCAGAAAAUGAAGAAGAAAAUCGGGCUCUUCAGCCUCCAAGCCAGGAGGAGGAGGUCAUCAUCAGAGACUUAUGUAUCCGAAAUGGACUGAGUAGCGAUAAGAUAAUAAAAGGUAUGAUGAAGCGGUCUGUACCCAGACUAGAGAAUUUCUUCUCCGGACACUGCCAAAUGAUUCGAUACAACUUCUUUCCCGGACUCAGAGAACUGGAGAUCAUGAGCCUGCCUCUUGAUAGAGUACAGGGUCUCUCCGCUUGUGUGUCUCUGGAGAAACUGUGGAUCUGUGAGUGUAAAAUCAGGACCCUCGAGGGAUUGGAAAAGUGCAAAUCACUCAGGAAACUGUAUUUGUACUCCAACCAAAUACAAAAGAUACAGGGGAUUUCAAAUCUAUAUAACCUAAAUACCCUAUGGCUGAACAACAAUCUCAUCAGAGAGAUAGAGGGAAUCUCCAAACUAGUGUCCCUGACUGACCUAAACUUAGCUUCAAACAAGAUAACAGAGAUAGGAUCUUCUCUGAAGGGGCAUCCUAACCUUGAGAGUCUGAACUUGUCUGGUAACAUGCUCAGUUCUUUUAAAGAUCUAACUAAUCUUGUGGAACUGUCCAAGUUAAGGUUUGUGGGGUUGAAAGACCCUCUGUACCAAAGUAACCCGGUAUGUUCCCUGUGUAACUACUCUACUCACCUUCUCUACCACCUCCCCUUCCUCAGUCAUCUUGACACUAUUGACAUCAGUAACGGUCAUCUUCAGAAGUUAGCUGAGGCAACAGUCCAAAAGAAGAAGAUGUACUACACGAUGCGCGUGAAGAUGCUGCAGCGCAAUCGCGCGGAGAUGGAAGCGCGACUGUGUGAAGAGCGAAACAAGCUGGCUGCCUUGCCCUACGAGAGGGUACACGUUAUGAACUGUUGUAUUGGAGACAUCAACCGGAGCAGAAACGAUCGCGAGAAUAGUCAGUUUCCCAUUCAAAAUCGCGAGAAUAGUGAACAGGAGCAUGGUCAGAUAGUUGACAAGAUAUUAGGUGAACAAGAGCAUGGUCAGAUAGUUGACAAGUUACUAGCUUUAGAGGCUAGGGUGGAGCAUUGGAUUAGAGAGAUCUCUAAAGUAGACUUGUGGCACCACAACGCCAAACGUUACAUAGAGAAGGAGGUGGAAGGAACAAUCAGCAAACUCAUGUUAGAACUGGAGUGUGGUGGAAAUGUUAGGCUUGAAGAGGGGCAGGUUGGGGACGUCUGGUACAAUUCGUGUGCUGAGCUGGUCCAGUCACGGUUCUGUUCUGCCGACUUCAAGAAUCUCGGUAUAACUGGAAUAAAGAUAAACCGCAUCUUCCGCAUCCAUAACCGCAUUCUUCGCGCUCAAUUUGAGGAAAAACUCGACGAGCUACUGGAACGUGAAUCACCAGCUGACCUGGCAAAGUACGGACUCUCUGACGCGCGCAUUGUCACGUGGAAGUCAGUACCUUACAAGAGAAUGUUAGAAUACCUCUUCUAUAUCCACAAUCCUAACAUAGCUGAAUCAGUGGGGAGUCUCAACCAUAUCCUGGAACGGGGAUUCAGAAACGUCGAACAUUACCUGGAUGCUGGAAGUGACGGCUGCAUAUCCCUGAGUAACUCGCUGUCUCUAGCUGAAGCUCCACGAAUCAAGUACCUGAAGAAGCAGCGAGAGAGGGGGGACCAUGAAGACAGUGCGGACCCGUGUAUAGUCAGACAUGGCCAGAUUCUUAUCUGUAAAACUUACAUAGGAAACAGUGAGGCAGCUAAAGAGUCCCACUGUCCCCUCACUAAAUCCUCUUACCCCGACUGUGAUAGUGUUUACAAGACUAAAGACGCCCUGCCACGCAGCUUCUCCUUAGGUAGUGGUGCUUGUGAUUGUAGCUCGAGACAGUGUAUAUGGUAUGUGUUUAUGAAAGAGCUUGUUACCCCGGAGUACCUUGUAGAUUACGAGUAUGUCACAAACCCUCGCUCCUCACCCCUUUGUGGUUCUGUCUCUAUCUGCUACAACAACGGCAAGGAGGAGGUGUCCAUAGUACAGUCCUCGGAUAACAUGCAAGAAGAGUUGUGGUGCAGGGAGGUCAAGACAGACGAACAAGUCCUCGACAUGCCUCCUACCUUCGAAAAGAUAAGAGAGUCUAAUUUGUUGAUUGGAGGGAUAGAGAAGUUAUCUUCGGCCAAACACUUCCAAACAGUAACGCAAAUCAACUUACACAAUCAGGGUUUAAGAAGUGUAAAACAGCUGUCAGCACACCCGACCCUAAAGAAGUUGGUACUGAGUUUCAACCAGUUGGAGGGUCUAGAAGACUUUCAUCACAUGGAUAGUCUGGAAGACCUCGAUAUCAGUUUUAAUGGUCUUACAACUCUUGAAGGACUUCGGAGCCUCACCAAUCUUAAAACUCUUAAUAUAAGUUGGAACCUUCUGACGAUAUCCCGAGAAGAGGUUCACACGAUGAGGAAGCACACACCUUCUCUUCAAACACUGGACAUGAGACAUAACCCCUGGAUUAAGAAUGAUGGACUCAGAGUCAGGGUGAUCGGCAGGUUAAAAGGACUGACUGUACUGGAUGGGGAGAUGGUCAGGGAGGAGGAGCUGACUCAAGCUGCUCAUCUUGCAUCUAUGAGUCGUAUCUCAGUAGGGACCCUCCAAACAUGUUGCAAGACCGCACAGGCUCCACCUCGAACUUUGGAUCUCAAGUCUACUGCUCAGUGUCUCAGUUACAAACUUUCCCUAAAACCGGAGAGUAAUGAGUUAGACCCACUGUGGUGGAGUAAAGUUACCUCCCUCUGCCUGGACGACCAACACAUUUGUAAACUCAGCAACCUCGACAAACUGGAGAACCUCAAGUGGGCCAGUUUCGAGAAUAAUGAGAUAGCAAAGAUAGAGGGACUAGACUCGUGUACAAAACUGGAGGAACUCUCACUCGCUGGAAACUGUAUCUCCAAAGUGGAAGGAUUGGCACGGUUGACAAAGUUGCAAGUACUGCACCUGUCUAAUAACAUAAUAGUGUCAUUGGAAGGAGCGGGUCUGGAGAAACUGACGAAACUGUGGCAUGUCAGCCUGGAGAACAACAACUUACAGAACUUGACUGGUCUUCAGAUUCCCUCCCUGAUAGAGGUGUACGUUGGUAACAACUGUAUCCAGAGCAGUCACGACGUAUUCAUGCUGAAGAGUCUACCCUCGCUGCUAAUUCUGGACAUGUACGGUAAUCCAAUAGUAGACAACAUGUCAGCUUAUCGUUCCUUUGUCAUCUACCAUCUGAAGAGUUUACGAGCGCUGGAUGGUUCUGCUAUUGAAUCCUCUGAGGUAGCUACUGCAAAAGAGAACUAUGGUGGCAGGUUAUGUGAAGACUUCAUAGCAGAACAUCUGGGACACAGUAACUUCUUAGAAGUGAGGGAGAUAGACUUCCCUAAUCUGAGUAUAAGAGUUAUUGAUCUGGGGAACGGAGCUCGCUUUAAACACCUUAGAAGUAUAAACCUAGAAGGUAACGCGCUGACAUCAUUUGGGGGUCUAAUACAACUAGAGAAUGUGAAGGUCUUGUGUUUAAAUCACAAUAACAUUGAAACUCUGAGUGGUAAACCCCCGGGGGGUAAGGGGAGGGACCCCCCACCUCCUCAACUAGACACAGUUCCUGUUAUGCCCAAAUUAGAGGUCCUACAUCUGGGGUACAACGGGAUUUCAAACCUAACUUUACUUCAACUAUACCGACUACCAAACUUAAAAAGUCUCUUCUUACAAGGGAAUGACAUUGUAAAUGUUGAAGGACUCAACCAAGUUAAAGAACUAAGAGAACUAGUUUUAGAUAGAAACAAAAUUAAGUGUUUGUCAGAAACGUCAUUCUGUGAUCAAUGGAAUUUACUCGAACUACACAUUGAAGAAAAUAGGUUAAAGAGUUUGUCCAACUUCCACCCUCUCCAAAAGUUACAAAGACUCUACUUAGGAAUGAAUCGAAUUCAGGACUUGGCGGAGCUAGAAAAGUUGGAAUGUUUACCAGCGCUCAAAGAAAUAUCUCUUACCAACAACCCGGUGGCACGAAGGUUAAUGCACAGACCGUUACUAGUAUUCAGACAGCCCAAUCUUCUGUCUAUAGAUGGAAUCCCCAUUUCGGCUGAAGAGCGGGCUAAAGCAGACAUGUACUUCCUCGAUUACCAGCCGGUGGAGCAGACGACUAGCUCAAAUCUGCCGGGUAUAAGCAAUAAACUACACGGAGUUGCACACUCUGGUCUUGUCAGUCAGGUUCCCAACCAAUCAAACCCUAUCCGAGGAGCAACAAACUUACCCUUGGGAGCAAAUCAGACCUGGUAUGGUAACUACAGAGAAUCCGACAGUGCUAUUGACACCAAAAAGACGGAUUCCAACAAAAAGGCUACGAGGGAACGGAACUUUUAUCUUGAUCCGCAAAACAGUUCAAGUUAUUCCCGUCAGUUGCCCACCCUAGAUGCCUCCGCCCUGAGAACAAGUCCUACAGCAGUGAGAAACCGAGGAAUGGUCAAUGUCAGGCUCUCUACUAGGUCACUUGCUAGAGACUUGGGUCUCUUUUCUGAAACUAACAAGUGGAAAACUGACCGAUCUGCGUUCAGCAGUUGAUAAUCUACAUGUGGUGUGACGUCACGUUGCCUGGGUGUGACGUCACGGCAGCUUAUAAUCUGACGUCUGUUGAUCAUCAAUGUUGCGUGUUAAAUGUUGAAUGAUAGCGUGUUUUAGUUUUACAAUCUACAUGUGUAAAUUAUGUGUUUAAAAUUCAACUUUAGAAUAUGUUAAGUUUGGGAGUGUGAAUUUGAAAUGUUUUUCAACUGCUUUUAGAUUUAUCUACAUUUUUAUUUACCACUUUUAUUUACAUAAUUCCUAAAGACUUAAAGAAACAGACUUUAGUCGCUUUGAUGCUGAUAGUAAAGCAUAUUGCAGGCAGUUAUACACACGCAGGUACCAGUGACUGAGCGAAACCUUUACCAUUGUGAUAACACCGUAACCAUGGUGACGAAAUCAUGUCAGUGGACAAGUUUCAGAUGAUCGAAAAAGUUUUUUCACAUAUAUUUAAAAUGCUAAGAAUGAACUGUGAACGCUUAAAGUUAAAGUGAGACAAUGAACGUUUAUUUCUGUAGUUUUAUUCCGAUGUAACUUAUUAGGCUAUUAGCUGU